AUGGCCAAGGUUCCUGAUACUAUCACUAGCUGGAUAGCAAGUGCAUUUGCCAUGUCCAAUUCAUCUGGUCUGGGAGUUUCCAAACCUGCCACACUGAAAGUAUUCCAGUCAUUCUUUGUUUCACUGACCCUCCCAUACUCUGUUAUCCGCGGCGAGGAAGUGUCCAUUAUAGCAACAGUCUUCAACUACGAAAGCAAAUGUCUUACUGUAAGUAAAAUACGAAACCUUUUUUAAAAAAUUCGUAAUGCUUUCUUGUUAAAAAGUUCAUUUUUGUUUCACGCACCCUCCCAUAAUCUGUUAUCCGCGAGGAGGAAGUCUCCAUUAUAGGCGAACCUUUGUUUACAAUUUUUGCCUCAUUAACAUAUGCUUAUCACUAUCUGAUGACCCUAAUAAAAUAAAAACUCUGAAUAUUUAAAGGGCAUAACAGUUUCAGUUAUCGCUGAAAAUUUGAGCUCAAUACACCGAAUGGUUUCGGAGAAAUUCCCGUCUAAAAAGUCGAACUUUUACAGAGAAUGUACGGCUCAUUAACUUUUUUGCCACGCAGAAAUUUCGCAGUUUUUGAUGGCUGUUAUUUCCUUCAAUAUUGCUUGCAAAGAGCUGAAAAUUGCACAAAUUGCUCAACUUAAUCAGCUCUUUCAACUUUUGCAUUUAAUUCAUAUAUACGGCCACGGCUUCUAUGAGUUAAGCCGUAUGCUAAUGAGGAAAAAGUGUAAACAAUAACGUCAGCAAAGAUUCGCCUAUAGCAUCAGUCCUCAACUACAAAAGCAAGUGUCUUACUGUAAGUGAAAUACGAAAUCCUUUUUUAAAUAAUUCAUAACGCUCACUUGUUGAAAAGUUUUGAAAAUCCAAGCUUUAGACAACCCGUUCUGUUGUCUUCACCUUGGCAGCAGAGCCCUUCUUUACCCUUAGUGGGGGGGCUUAACUUUAGACCCCCCCCCCACCCGUAUCUCAAGGUCUGGAUCCGGCGUAGUUCAUGAAAGACUCUGCAUGAGAUCUUUGUUGAGCAUGCGCGGCAAGUCGCUAAGAUAUGGUUUCGAACUCAGGCGUAAAAGCCGUGUGCUUGUCACAUUGGGCUCGGUAAUGACCAUCGUUUAAACAAUAAACGGAUGCUCGCACUCGGCAAAAACAAAAAAAAAACAGUUUGCCGAGAGAGAAUAAGAUUGACCAGUCCAGAAAUAUGGGCUGCGGUCAGUGUCCUCAAAGGUUUGACGCGAUCCAGGCGGAACGUCCUUUUCACCUCCUAACUCAAGAAAAAAGCAAAAGGAUCUCUGCUCGCGGGGUGUGUUGUCUUUAGAGGUAAUAAAACAAGUGAAAUCGUGAAGAAAACUAAUUACGUGAAAAGUGGAAAGAUAUUUAGUGAAGCAAUUUUGCGAAAAAAAAAUGUAAAAAUUGAACUUUAGAGUAGGGCUUAGGUGAAUUAUUUUCUCAAUCAACGGAUCUUUCUAUGUGCCAGGAAUCAAGUGUUGAUGUGAAAAUUCCGUUUUUCUAUUAUUUUUGCAUUGUUAAAGUCAAUGGUUUGUUCCUCUGACAAAAUAGAUUCGCCUGGGCUUGGAAGAGUCUCUGCACUACAGGAUACUCUCCAAUUCCUCUUUUGACGUCUGUGUGUGUAGCAGUGAAGCCAAGUCUGUGCGCUUUAGUAUCAUUCCGAAGAAACUGGGACAGAUGCCUCUUAAGGUGGUGGCCAAGGAUGUGGCCACAUCAGCCUGUGAAGUUGGCGCACAGCAGAUGACUCUGGGUGUUACUGAUGCUGUCAUAAGGAAGCUGCUUGUGGAGGUAUGGUGGAUUCACAGUCAUGGACAUGUGUUAACGUAAACUUCCGCUCAUAAGUUCCCCCUCCCACCCUCACUUAUAAGCUUCCCAGGGCUGGGCUAAUCUACCUGUAAAGGAAAAAAAUUCAUCCGAUUAUAAGUCCCCCGCCCCCGGAUAUAUGCUCCCUCUAGCUUGUCUUGGAAUGAAUUGAUUUAUUAUGACGUUUUAAAGCUUAAUUAAACACCAGUAAAUGCAAAACGUAUUUUGAUCAGCGCUGCUAUAGCUUGUUUCGAAGCGCUCUUUCUAUUCCGUUCAUAAGCCGUCCUGAAACCUCUUACGAGGAUGUAUAAGCCCAGGGCUUAUAACCGGCAGUUUGCUGUAUGUUAGCCGGUAGAGCAGACGUUUUUUACGAACGCUUGUUUAAAAUUCGAACGCGUUAGGCCGCCGUUUUGGGUGCAGGAAAAGAUGGACUAGGGGAGGAGGGGCAGGGAAGGCAUUAAUUGGCAGGUAUCAUUCAAUAUCCAAUCAACUGCACCAAUCAGAGCCGCCGUUCAUCUAGUGCAGGGUUUCACAAACGCUGGCUGCGUGCAGGCAUAUUUUGCGCUCUCUUCUCCCUCUCACUCGGCUAUUUAAAGCCCGUCGUCCUCGUCUUUGCAAUCAUUCUUUGACUCAUUAAUCCAUCUCAUCCAUCCGUCAGUUUUAUCAUCCAAGAUGGCGGAAUGUAGUUGAAGGAUCACUCAUCGCUCGUCCAGCCAAAUACGCCUGCUCUGUUGUAUUGUACAAAAAAAGAAUACAGUAAAAGACUAACAUCGUUAACCCUUAAGCCCCAAGAGUGACCAAAGUCAAUUUUCUCUAAACAAUGUCAAUACAUAAUCUAGAGAAAAUGUUGUGAGAAUUAAUGGAACGAUCACCUGAUGGGAAAAGCUUUGAUCGGCAAACAAAUUCUCUCAACUAAUUCUUUAAGCAAAUGUAUGGAGAUCAGUUUGGAGAAUUUGUAUGUGGAUAUUGGGGCUUAUAGGGUUUAUAAUCGACCAUAGACCUUUUCCUUCCAGAGUCAAUUUUUGUAAAAACCCACAUUUAAGAACCACAAUUUUUCGAAAUCUGGCCACACAGUUCUUACAAUUUGGGGUUGUUCAAAUAGGUUGAUAAGUUUCUUAAGGGAAGAUUAAUCAUUGUUGCCCUUUAACUGCAGUGUUAUUAAAAAAUUACACUGAUCAGAACUAAACAUAACAGAUCUUAACUCCUAGCUGAGAUUAUUCUAUACGAGCGCUCGAAAAGCUCAUGCCUCACAAAGAUUUCUGAGCUAGGAAUACGCUGUGGUAUUUCCAGAGACUUCUAAUGGGAGAAAGCAAUUUCGAAAUUUGUAUUUUAUUUUUUUGAUAUUUACUUAUUAGUUUAAAACGUUUUAACUUUUUGUAACGUACUUUUUGAACUGAGAGAUGUAAGAAAGCGCUAAUUGACCGGCCUCGUGGAAACGAUGAGUUUUACCUCGAAACCGCACUCACUGUUUCCCUUAUGGCUGUUCAUAAAGUGAUAAAUGUCAGAUUCAGGUUGAUAACUUUUCAAAUUAGGAAAUGAGCUGGCAAGGAUUAUCUAAAAUAAUUCUAGUAAAUGAAAAUGGCUUGAAAAUACCUAUUUAUGUGUAGAUACGAAGCUCAAGCAACAAACAUUGAGAUUCGAGGGAAACAAAAUUAACUGUUUCUCGGGGAUCAGUCUUUAACAGAUUUGUUAUAUAGCUGGAAAUUUUGAAGCUGGAAUUCAUUAGAACUCGCUGUAAACGGCAGUUGUCGGUCAACAUUCGCGGGUAGCAGUGCACUGACGUCAUAGAUUUUGCAAUGUUCCCCGCUCAGAGAUUUUGGCCGGAAACAUUUGCAUUGUUAGAUGUCAUGUGACGUGCGCUGUUGGGAAAAAAGUUCCAGCCAAAGAACAAUUCCGUUUGUUGACGGGAUGUGUUUUUUUUUUCUUUAGCCUGAAGGAGUUCGUCAGGAGUACACCUAUAACAGCUUUGUAUGCCUCAAAGGUACUUUAGCUACCUUGCUUGAGUUUAAACUGUUUCGAUUGAGGUUUUUUUUAAUUAUCUUACAAUUUAAAUAGAGCAAAGGAGGCCUUUCACCCUGAGACUCAAGCCGGUUGUUUUGUCUGUCUAACUUUAAAAUCUAUCGACAAAAUUCAUCCGUCUUAACAUUCACAUGAAACCUCUUCAGCAGUACUUUCACAUGGUACUAUUUAUUUGGUAUAUAGUUCUAACUUUUGAGUCUGUGGAUGAAAUCCCAUCGUGUUACCAUUCAAAUGAAACCUCUGGUAGAAUUUUUGCAGAGUACUAUUUUGUUCAUGUAUUUUUGUACAUUGGUUACUAUUUGGAGUGAAAAGGUUAUCAACUCUUUCUAAAAACCUCUAAGUAAGUGAUUUUGUACGCGAUUAAACGCAUUUAUUCUUUAUUCUUUACUCAUAAGUUUUCUUCUCUAUUUUUGUUUAAUUUCCUGUAGAUGAAUCUUAUUUUAAUGACACCAUUAAGAUUGCAUUGCCCAGCAAUGCGGUUGCUGGUUCGGUGUAUGCAGUUGUUUCUACCGUCGGUGAGUACCGUCUUUGCACAACUCAUUACUAAUAACUUGACCGUUUUCUUAAUGUGAUGUAUUUUGCUUUGAAAAUGCUUCUUAUCCACCCACGUUCACUAUUUUGUAGGCACGUCUUUGAUAGUUGCAACCUCUUUUGUUUACACCUGACACAGACUUGACCACCUAGCUUCAAUCCCGACACCCAUGAACCCCACUACCGGUUUUACCCUCUGUUUUGUUAAACAGCAAUCUGGAGCCCUUACCAUUUGUUUGGAAAACCCGAAAAUUCCGGGGAGAAAUUUGGAAAUUCCCGUUGGAAAUUUUCCGGAAAAAAGUAAUACCUUUCGAGGUAUUACCUUUUUCCCGUUCUUACCGAAACGACCAAAAUUUUCUGUACCAUUUGUUUGGGUUACCAGUGCCAGGCUUCAUCUCGAGAGAAGGUGAAAAAUUUACCGGUAUUUUGUUAAUGGUACAACUCAAUCCCGUUCCUGUUUUCGGUGCCCAAAAAAAACACCAGUACCAUUUGACAGAAAUCUUUCACCGAAAUUGCCGUACAAAUGGUAAGUGCUCCUGGUUUCUUUCCUUUCCGAAAGUGAUAAGGCCAACAGCUUUAGGUCACUGUGUUAUGACGCGAUCAUCUUACUGAGACGAAGUUUUUAAAGGGAUAGGUCGCAGUCUUUUCUUUUUACUCUUUGAAAAUGAUUCCCGAGCAUUAUAAAUCAGAUUCGAGUUUUAUCUGUUCGACAGGUGAUCUUAUGGGACCAACUUUGAAUGUGGAAGGUCUGCUAAGACUUCCAUAUGGCUGCGGCGAACAAAACAUGGUGAACUUUGCACCAAGCAUUUACAUUAUGAAGUACUUGUCAACAGUGGGACAACUUACUCGUUCAGUUGAAAACAAAGCCAAGAACAUCAUGACGAUAGGUACCAUCAACACCUUUUGUAAUAAUCGUAAUCAUAGGCUGUGCAGACGGGGGUUUGGACCGCCAGGAGGGGGUGCCAAAGUUUGCGAGCUUGAUGGGUUUAACAUUUUCCAGUUCCCCUAGGUGUGGAGCUCCUUUCACGCACACUUUCUCUGUGCGCAAGCCUUUUUUACUGUGAGUGGUAUUAUAAACGUGCAUAGAUUAAACUGGAAAACAGACACACCUUUAGCAUUUGCGAAUUUUAUAAGCCACCAUAAAAAAAAUAUCAAAAAGAUGGGAUCUCAAUCUUUCCUUAUUGGACCGCCCUGCAAAAAAAAUGCCUUUAUCUUAUUAAACAUUUCCAAUCUACACUGGAGGUUUUUGGUACCAUUUGUGUGUACAAAAACCUAAUACUGAAAAGAAAGCUGUGGGUCCUUGAGAAGAAGGAAAAACUCGCCACUCCUACACUCCAAACUGCAAUAAGAAUGGGUACAAGGUUUCCGCGCGGCGACGUCUAGGAUAUUUUGAUUGGAAAAGCCCUAGUUAAGAAUGGGUACACGUUCUCGGCGCAACGACGUUUGAGAUGGUUUUACUGGACAAGUUUAGUUAUGAUUGGUGAAUAGUAUCCAAAUUCAACAAUAAACCAGUUGUUGCACAUAUUGUCCACCCAACCGAUCCCAGAAAACUUUACGCUGAAGACUGGUACCCAUUUCCCUUACAGUUUGUAGUGUGACGUAACAGCGUUUGGAGGAUGUUUUUUCUCUGAUUUUCCUGACCCAAUGGAUUAUUUGCUCUCCAACUUGACGCAUUUUUACCAGCUACAAAAGGCUCAUUAAAAGUUAUUUUCAAGCCCCUGCCUCGAUGGGCAAUACGCAUUUCCAGUAACCAACAAAAGGAAGUCCCGCUCUUAGGGGUGAUUGUGACAAACCACCUACAUCUCCCUCCCUCCCCUAAUUCCACGUUUUAGGGCAAAGUGUUGGGUUAGGGGACGGGUGGGUGAGAAUCUUAUGCUGAUCCCAAAACGUUUGGUUGUUCAUCAUUGGUAUUAGGAUACCAGAGAGAGUUGACGUACAAGCGUUCGGAUGGAUCAUACAGUGCCUUUGGAAACAGAGAUAGCGAAGGAAAUACAUGGUAAGUGAUUAUUAAAAAGUAGCUCGUAUUUGAAGUGUAGUGAGGACACAGGUAACCCAGGCUCUGUGAUGGUACCAUAGUACGAAUCCUGUAAAAUUACAGUGUUUGUAUCGGGCAAAGUUACGAUCCUAAAAUUUGUAGGGAACUUUUCGGAGGCUAGCAGUCGGCUAUUAAAAAACGAGUUCGUCGUGUUUUACUCUGUUCAUCCGAGAGACAAAUACAGAGGAGGACUCGAAUCGGAUCCAGUACGUUUAACAAAUUGACAACAAUUUUCCGUGGACUAUAGUCUUAUCGACCAUAGAAAUGACUUCAAAAUGUUCAUCACACUGAAGUGGUUUCACUGCAAAGUUUUAAACAUUUUGAUGGCUUUUCUGUGGUCAAUAAUAGUGAAGACUAUGGAAAUUGUUACCGACUUGUUUUUUUACAAUAACUUUUUUAUUGAAGUUUCUCGGUAAAUCGCGCACGCGAGAAAGAGAAACUGCGCGCCGUGCCUCCAUCAUCUUUUUCACUCAUGGUCUGUGCUCUCAUCGAUUAUUUUCGACCAAUCAGCGCGGGAGAAAUCGUUCACUGAGUUGUUUGAAAUAGCCAUUCGAUCACCCUUUUUUGUCUUUGCCAGAAUAUUGAUGGUGUCUUUCUUUCCUCAUAGGUUAACAGCCUUUGUGCUGCGCUCAUUCGCUCAAGCGCGUCCAUUUAUCUUUGUUGAUGGAGACGAACUUAAACACACCCAAAACUGGAUCACGAGGAAUCAAAACCCACAAAGUGGAUGCUUCAGAAAAUCUGGAAGUCUUUUUAACAAGCGUCUCAAGGUUUGUGUCAUUCCUAAAUUUCCUGCUUUCUUUCAUUUUAUGUGUUGUAAAUGUUCGAUAACUCUUGCGAAUCUUACCCUUCCUCGUUUCAGGGUGGUGUUUCAGAUGAAGCAACGCUUACUGCAUUUGUCACAGUGUCCCUUCUGGAAUCCGGGAUGUCUCCUGAGGUAUUACUUACUUCAUGCGCAAUUCGCUCUCUCCGAUUAGUUAUAGAAUUUUGUGUACAGCCACUGCGGAAGUGUUGAGUAGACGUCAGUUGGAAAGUACUCGAACCACUGUUUAAAUCAUCGAUCAUGCUUGUAAACAGCCAACGUGUUCCACACUCCCAUUUUGUUUGAAAUUUUUGUUUCUUUGCCCAUGGAAAGCCCCUUACAUGUGAGGGGAAUGAGGAAGUUAUGAAUUUUUUAUUGUUUUUUACGCCUGCUUGUAUUGGGAUUUGGAGGAACAAGAAUGGUUUACUAUGGAGACAAUACCCCGAGGAGCUUCAUGCUACAGAAACCCCGGGUUAAUCUCCGGAUGCGUCGGCUUUAUCAAAUACCUCUGGCAGGGGGGUGGGGGUAACUCGGUGGCAACGGGCUAGUAUCCCAUAGAGGGCAAAGUAACAAUACCCGGCCUAGGUGCUUCAUGCUACAGAAGUCGGGGAUAAGCUCCAGAUUAAUGGCCACUUGACUCGUAUGAAAACUCUAACUUUACCUGCUCACGUUGUCAUGGUAGCAAAAUUUCUGGAUCUCAACAAUAGGAACCUUACUAAACUAUGACUGCGACGGCAACGGGAACGUCAAAAACGCGAUAAGGUUAAUGAUCAAAAUAACGACUCUGCACGUGAUCACGCUUUUUUUGUACAUUUCUUUGCAGUCCCGGAAUAACUACGACGUGAAAUGACGAAAUUUUCUGGUUUUUUGAGGACGGAAACGGCAAGGCGAUAAAUUCUACCAUCUCUGCCUGAACUCGGGUGCGGCCCCUCUCUUCAGCUCCACCAUAAAUUCCCUUGUUUUAAGUAACUGGGCGACUUAGGAUAAUCGCGAAAUGGUUUGAAAGGAUGCGGAGUCUAUUUUUCAGCGACGUUUUUAUGGACGUCGCCUUUGUCGGAUCGUAAGGUCCUUAAUCUUUCUUGACAGAGACGGCUAUUUGCACUGUCGAAAGAUGGAAGAAAAGUAUGUGUUACUGUUUUGUAGGCUAAGAGGCGAGGGCUUGAAUUUGGAAUUAAAAUUACCUAACUUUAAUCGUAAAUUUAAGAAGAAUUCUUUCACUUAUUCAUUAACUAAGUUAUGGAACAGUUUGCCUUCUCAAGUGCGUCUUUCAAGUGAUGCUAAUGACUUCAGAAGUAGAUUGCACGACUGCAGCUUUUUAGAACGUGUCUUAUAGUGCACGAUUGUAGCUUUCAACUGUUUUUAGAACGAGUAUUAUAGUUUUCCUUGUCACGUUUUCAGUAUGUGGCUUUUUAGUCGGUCUUAGCUUUUUAUAUUUUAUGUUUUUAAUACCAAGUUUUUUAUAUGUAUCUAUUAAUUGAGUUGUUUUUAAAAUUGAAUAAUAUUAUGUAGUUGUAAUUAUUAUAGAUUGAUUGAUUGAUUGAUUGUUCCUGAGAGCAAUCAUGCACAGGAAAGUCUUAAAUGUCAAUUUUUUUUCGUUUUUUUUUUUUCUGCCAAAUUUGCAGGACCACGGUUUGUUGAGACCCAGAUAUUUUGCUAUCACCAUGGCGACGUGACGUAACCACUUCUCCUCUCUAUAAAAAGGGAGAUUUAUAGCUUUGUCGGAUCAUUUUACGUUUCGGGGAAACUGCCCACCUACCCCUCCUCUAAGCUAACAUUAACACUUACUUCUCACUUAGGGCAAAAUGUUAGCUUAGGGGAGGGUAGGUGGGUAGUUUCCCAGAAACGUAAAAUGAUCCGCUUUGUCAACGUAAACUAAUUUUUUUCACGUUUGAAUUUUCAGAGCAACGUUAUCCAAGGUGCACUUAUUUGCUUGCGGGAUGCAUCUUCCAGUGUCACUGAUUCAUAUUCGUUGGCCUUGUUUGCAUACACCUUCACCCUGGCCAAGGAUCCCACUGCCACCAGUUUAUUCAAGGCGCUUCAAAGCAAAGCCAUCGUUGAAGGUCAGUGUGGUCCAUCUAUUGAAGGUUACCUUUUUUGACGUUUUGCACACCAAAAGUAGCAAAUUGAAUGGCAUUUUGACUUUUGGGUAGUUAAAUGGCAAGUAUCCUACUCAUAUCAGGCUUCAUGGUCCUACGUUUAAUCCUCUUGUACAAAGUAAAGUUUAAACUUCUACCACAGAGAAUCUAUGACAUAAUUAUUUACACUAAGCACCUCACUCUAUAAUAUUAGAAACGCUGACUUUAUUCUCCCUCAAUUUUGCUCGAAACUCGCUACUCAAAGUCAAUCGGGCAUUUAAUUAUCUUCUCUUGAUUCACUUAAUUCUUUGCUAGCAUCCAAGAUUUUUUCCUUUCUCAGUUGCUAUGAAAGAAAACCUAACUUCGGAGACUGUAGUUUCUGGACUUUUUAUGAUUCCGUCAUUAUCAAGUGGAAUUGGAGCCUGGGAAUGAGUUACAUACGUCUUAACAGAAGUAAUUCUACUGGAAUUUGAAGUCAAUUUUCAACUGUUUCUGUAUUUUUCUAAUUAAAAAUGUGCUUGUCCCCCUAACAAGUCAUGUCAAAGGAUUACAUGUCUAAACUAUUUUUGUACCUGUCCCGGACAAUCGGUUUUGGCGCACCCUGCGACGUCAAUGUCAGAACAGAAUUAAAAUGUAAAUGUUGUGUUGUUAAUUUAUACAGAUGGGCUGAUGCAUUGGGAAAAAGAAAAAGUGGCCCCACCCACCCCUCCCAGUGACGAGUUUGUCUGGUGGUUUCCUUAUUAUCGUGCUCCAGCCGCCGAUAUCGAGAUGACAGCUUACGCUUUGAUGACGUACAUCUUACAGGCUAAGGAAGAUUCGUCGUUGAUUGGUCAAGCCAUGCCCAUCGUCAGGUGGCUGACUAAACAAAGGAAUGCUCUGGGAGGAUUUGCAUCCACACAGGUUAGUAGAGUACACAGAGCCCGUACUCUGUUUGAAGGACGCUUUGAUUUCUAUGUUCAUGGUUUGGUAUAAACAUACGGUAUGCGAUGGAGUUGCCAAGUUAAAUGAUGAGGUUGUUCACGUCAUUUAUCGUUAUAGGACACGUGUGUUGCGUUGCAAGCCCUGAGUAAGUAUGCCAAAGAAGUGUAUUCUAACACUACAUCACUUUCUGUUCGGUUUGGAGAGCAAGGUGACCAGAAGUUCAGUGCCGAGUUUAACAUCACUGAAGACAACAGAAUGGUGUCACAGAGAGCUGAGGUAGGCUGUGUAGGAUGGUGCUAAUUUUCCCUUAACUGCGGUUGAUUAAGACAUCAUGUUUGUGUUCACAGGUGUUAACAGUGAUCACAUCCACACACAAUUUGUCAUUAUCGUACUUAAGAUUAAAAGCUCUUCAUAUUCCGUUUUCUAGAAGAAAGAAAUUUCACCGCGAUUUCUUGUAUUGACAGCUUUUAGCAUCUGCUUGCCCCUUGAGAAACCACUUGACCUUGCUUUUUCCCAUCGGUCGUAAGGCGCGUACAGAGAUGGGCGUGGGUACUCAGCCCGCCUUGCUCAUUCACCGUUAUUGUUAGAAAUAUGUCCCGGAUUACCAGUUCCUCAAGGUCAUUGUUCAAAUGUGUACAAGUGUGGUAACAUGUUGAUCUAAUUAUCCAUUUCUCAGGUUCCUUCGAGCAUUCUACCCAUCAAGAAACUGCCAUUACAAGUGCAGGGAGAGGGCUGUGCUCUAAUGCAGGUUUGUUGCUCCAUCCCUUUAAUUUUUCUUUUUCCUCGUUCACUUCCUUUUUACUUUUCCCGUUUCUCUGAUGAUGUUGUGGACUGUAGGUAAAACCCGCGGGGAAUAGCUUGAAAGAUUAUGGUUAAGUUGGCUGACGUGUUUUGCAGCCACCUUUAAUGUGUGACGGCGACCACUCUAUAGAGGUCACGCUAUAAGUUAUUGAGGGAACCCUUUUUUUUCGGCGAAUUGACAAGCGACUGCUUAAUACAUCUGUUAAACUUAAAUCAAAGCAAAUAACGAGUUCCGCAAAAAAACAGGCAGAAAACUACGAUAUUGGCUAGAUUAUUUUUGGGCUUAAAAUAAAAUGUGCUUACUUCGCUUUCUGUCCAGGCGGAUGUGUCGUACAAUAUUCCAGACGUUAAAGAAGAGCCAGCGUUCGACUUGAAAGUAAAACUCAAACUUUCUGAAGAUUUAGUGGAUCCUCUUGCAACAGAGACGGGAGAGUUUCUGUGUAUGCCUUUGGAAAUGUCCAUCUCAGCCAAGUAAGAUCCAUUUUGUUUACAUUUUCAGUUUUUUGCUUUUUGUUCAUUAGAGAGAUAGAUUCACGCUUUCGGCAAACGGCAAACUUCGAUAGGUCGUUUCUGAGUUUCCCAAGCCUCUAUUUCAUAACGAGGCUACGUGCAUUUUAUAUUCUCAUGCAAAUGAAGCUGGUUAUCACAAGAAAGGUUUUUCACUUAACCUCGAUUUGAAAGUGAUGGUUUUUUGAAAUUCUGAAAUGGCCAGUUGAAACAUUUUGCAGAGUUUUUAUCUGUUCAUAUUCAUGUACUGAAAAAAAUUGUCAAAGUGAAUCAGUUUUGCGCCAUCUGCCAUCGUAACUUCUAAAUCUGUCUGUCUGUUGUAUAUACCUCCAGUUGUAAUUUUAGUCUAUUUUCAAAAAACAAAAUCCCUGUACUUGAAUUUAUAUGUAAGGUGUUUCUUUCUGUAUGUUAUUGUAUUUCUUUUCUUUUCCUUUUUUUCAUGUAAUUUAAUAUCGCCUUAAUGUAAAGUUUUGUCCUUCCUAGAUUAGCAUUAUAUCUAUUUGCGGGGCAUAAAGUAUUGUAAACUUUAUAGUUCUGUAAAUAAAUACAUUGUUGUUGUAGUAGUUGUUGUUUGUUGCCUUGGAUUGCCACGACAAAUCUUAUCAAGAAACCUUCCAAGUUUUUUAUUUGGUUUGGUGUCUGCUAAUUUAGGUGGCUGAAGGAAGACUCGUCUAACAUGGCGGUUAUUGACGUUAAACUCGUGUCAGGGUAUCAAGUGGACGAAGAGAGCUUGGAUAGGGUAAGUGUUUGGUGAAUGAUAUUCCAGUAAUCGGAGACCUAUGUUAUGCGCACGGGAUUCUGGGAUUGCCGGGGGCCAAACAUUGCCACUCGGUAGGAAGAAAUGUGUGGCGUAAAGGCGGUUUUUAGUGUCCACGAACAAAGAAUAACGCAUUUGCGAUGUGAUUUUUUAAGAAGCGGAGGUUGUCUAAUCUUGGCGCGUUGAAAUUGUAAGUUCGUUAAUACGGACACUUUCUGUGGCCCCUUCAGUGUCCGUAUUAACCCUUCAAACCCUAAGAUCAAAAUUUGAAUUCUCAUUUGUUGCUUCUAUUCAUUUCCACCAAAGUAGUGGGGAGAAGUUGAUAAAAUAUUUAGCCAAUUCAUCUUGUGUGAUCGUGUCCUUAAUUCUCAUAAUCACUCUCUUUUACAAAGAAAUUAGAUUACAAGGAGAAAUUUGAUGCUGAUCAGUCUUAGGGCUUAAAGGGUUAACGGGCUUUGGCUGUACAUGUUUUCUUCUAGUUGAUGAACCACGCUAAACUUGGAAUGAAACGAUACGAAAUUGAGGGCCAACACGUGAUUCUGUACUUUGAUGAGAUUGACAAGGUGUCGUUCGCGUUCAAGAUUUAUCAAUCAACCCUUGUGGCAAAAACCAAACCAGCCUCGGUCACCGUCUAUGACUAUUACGAGACUCGUAAGUACACUGUAGAUAGGCUUCUGCAAAGCUAAUAGGAAGAUACAGUAAAAGCGCGCGUGUAAGAACCUACAGUUUUUAAAGUCUGGCAAAAAAGGUUUGUGUUUUGGGAUAGUUAUUGGUAGUUUAGUCUAGGUAGGUUUUUAAUUAGCUAACUAAUUUCUAUGAAGGAAAUAUAGUUGUCGAGUACUAGAAAAAGAAAUAUAAUUGGGCUUGGUUCUUAUAUAUACAGUAUUUUAUAUUACGAUGAACCUAACUAAAAUGAUAUAUGGGAUUAUCUCUAUAACAGGAGUUGUCAAAUAAAAAACAAAUAAAAUAAAUAAUAUAGUAAAUAAAUAAAUCGUUUCCUGUAAUAAAAACUUGCAAUCUCGAAGUCAAACGUCUUGCUCAUAAUUUUACUGUAUUUUACUUGUAAGAAACUGCUUGAUCCUUCUUAUUCUUAUAUUUUUUGGAUAUUAAGGUGGCAAAUUUCUGGCAGCAGCUUCUUAAACCACUAGUCGGUUCUUACAUGAGAGAUUUAACUGUAUCCAGAGAAUUUUAGCGGUGAACUGUUAGAAGUUUUUUUGUGACCGGGGAUGGUGCAAUUACCAGAUGAACUGUCCCACAAAACAAAACAAAACUCGAUCACCCACAAUAUUACGAGAGGUCAUGACUUGCUCCGCAACAACAAGAAAUACCCCCCUCGAUCCUCCACCCCCCACCACCACGACCUUCACCACCACCCCACAGUGGCAUCUGUCAAAUUAAUUCAAGUCUCAGAAACCCUCUUUUUUUUCUAUUAGCAAUCCACUCUCGCUUUUGUGAUACAUAGCAAAAGGUGCGAGUUGAUGGAGCUGGGGACGAGGGGCUUGAAUAAUUAAUUACCUAAUGAAUAAUGUUGAUAAAGAGGGUGAUAUCUGAACAGGCAACUCACAGUCGAUAGAAACAGAGAUUUUGGCAACAAAUUAAAACCAAGGCAUCAUAUAGAAUUCCUUUUAUUGCUUACUUCCAUAUAAGUGAAAGGUGUCGAUUGACGUCAUCUGACCUGACAUCUCCAUCUUCUUCAACCGUAAGUAGAAAUUCAUUUCUGAAUUGUGCUUUUUGUUAUGUUUUAACAGAUCUUUCUGCAACGGUCAUGUACAAAAUUACCGAGGACAUGUGCUCACCGGAUUUCGUCCCAAUCGGUUAGUUUCUUCAUUGUAAUAAAUUUGAAAUAACAUGCGCGUCAUCUUGCGUGGGGAAGUGAGAGUAUACGUUCUUAGGAACUCGUUUCUCAGGCGUUUCUUCCCCAUAGUCAUGGAAAGCGAACCGGUGACGAAGCCAUAAGCACGUCUGUGUGAGAGGCUAGUUAA